GGUUGGCUGUGGCUCAGUAUGAACCGUUGGUGCUCCGCGGCCACAUCGACUAUAUAGAUAACACCUGGCUGACGGAGCACACUGCAUCUUAUCAUGUAGCUCAGCAGCUCUGGGACUUUUACCUGACAAACCUGUUAGUUUUUCUUUAAUGUUAUGCGUUCAGAAUGAUGUGAGGAUGGCCAAGCGACCGGGGACUGACGACGGGAUGGUGACUUCGCCCACCGUUCUCCGGAAUUUCGCCGCCGAUUUGAGCAUCGGAGAUAUGAACGUUGACUGCGCCGACGGAGCCGAGGAGAUCUGCUUGGAAGAAAUACUGUCUUUGUACAGCCAGCCGAUAAACGAGGAGCAGGCAUGGGCAGUGUGUUACCAGUGCUGUCGGACUUUAGCACAGAAACACCGGAGGAGAAGCUCCAAGUCUGCCGGUGUCUCAUCGGUCGAGUAUCCGAGGAGGAUUGAGGGACCCGGGAAUGUGACGCUCGGGAGAGACGGCACUGUCAAACUACACUUUGAAGACAGCGCAGAUAAAUUCCACUCAGCCCCAACGUCACUGGAGGUUAUCGACUCACUGGGUGUCAUGAUCUACAAAGCUCUAGACUAUGGCCUCAAAGAAAGCGAAGAGCGUGAGCUCAGCCCGCCGCUGGAGCGCCUCAUCGACAUGAUGACAAACACUGAGGAAACGGAGAGUGACACCUGUCCCGACGAGGGCUACGAGGCCACAGAAGAGGAGGAUGAAUGUGAGGAAGAGGGGGAAGAAGAGGUCAUCGUGUCUGCUACCUCCAGCAGUACGGUCAGCAGCAUCCGGAGCUAUCGAGACGUCAUCAUGCUGUGUUCUUCCCACCUGCCCAGUCCUUCAGAUGCCCCGAACCAUUACCAGGCCGUGUGCCGGGCUCUCUAUGCUGAGAGCAGAGAACUACGCACUUUUUUAGAGAAGAUCAAGAGUGCCAAGGAGAACCUUCGGAAGAUGGAAGGUGAGACUCAGGAGGAACCUGUUAAAGACCUCAAUGAGCUGCAAAAUGCUGAUUGGGCACGGUUCUGGGUGCAGGUGAUGAGAGAUCUAAGAAAUGGUGUAAAGCUGAAGAAGGUCCAGGAGCGCCAGUAUAACCCGCUACCCAUAGAGUACCAGCUCACGCCCUAUGAAAUGCUCAUGGAUGACAUCCGCUCAAAACGUUACAAGCUGCGAAAAGUCAUGGUGAAUGGAGACAUCCCUCCACGGUUAAAGAAGAGUGCACACGAGGUCAUUCUGGAAUUCAUCAGGUCACGACCUCCUCUCAACCCUGUCUCGGCUCGCAAACUCAAACCACACCCUCCUCGUCCCCGGAGCCUUCACGAGCGACUGCUAGAGGACAUCAAAGCCGAAAGGAAGCUCAGGCCCGUUUCACCUGACAUGAUCCGCAGGAACCGCCUGGUCAUGCGACCCCUUAGCAUGUCUCACAGCUUUGACUCAUCAGGUGCAGGGAAAAGCAUCAGCACUCCUCAGGACUUGUUCCGCAGCUCAGACACUCCUGAUGCACAGAGGAAGUUGACUGGCAGCACCCAUUCUCUGUCCAGCACCAUAGCGGGACCAAAUCAGGGUGGAGCGCAGCCACUUAGCCAGAGAAAGAGGUUGCUUAAAGCCCCCACACUGGCAGAGCUGGACAGCUCAGAAUCCGAUGAGGAACCCACACGGACCAACUCCAGCAUGUCCUCAUCUUUGAUAGAAGACACAUCUCCUGAAUCUGUCAUAGGCACGAAGGCUCCUCCAAAGUUCCUGCCUGUCUCCGCCACCCCACAGCCAGACAAGCGACAGUCUUCACAGAGGCGACACUCCAUCGAGAAGGAGUCCCCUACCAGUGUCCGGCCUUUUGUACCGCCAUCCAGACAAAGCUCCAAGUCUUUGGUGGAAGCCGGCAGUGGCGCUCAGGGCUCGGAGGAGUUCUGUUAUCCGGUGGAGUGUUUGGCUCUGACAGUGGAGGAGGUGAUGCACAUCAGGCAGGUGCUCGUCAAGGCGGAGCUAGAGAAGUUUCAACAAUACAAGGAAGUCUACAACGCUCUCAAGAAAGGAAAGCUUUGCUUUUCUUGCAGGACAAAAAGGUUCUCCCUCUUCACCUGGUCCUACACCUGCCAGUUCUGUAAAAGGCCUGUUUGUUCCCAGUGUUCUCACAAGAUGCGGCUGCCGUCCAAGCCCUAUUCCACGCUGCCUGUCUACUCUCUGGGUCCCAGUGCUAUGGUUAAAGAAGGCUCGGGUGCAUCUUCUGCCCCAGUUGAGCCAGAAAAGCAACCGUUUGGGUCUGGACACAGCCGGCACAGUCUACGCAGAAGGUUGUCCAGGCACGGUAGCAGCAAAGAUGGGCGGUCACUGGAUGAGCCGGAGUUUCCCAAGGAGCUGACUGAGGACUGGGUCACCAUGGAGGUCUGUGUGGACUGCAAAAAGUUCAUCACGGAGAUCAUCACCUCCAGCAGGCGCAGCCUGUGUGUGGCCACCAAGCGGGCCCGACUCAAUCGCAAAACCCAGUCGUUCUACUUGUCGUCGUCUAACUCUGUCAACUUCAGGCCUUCAGAGAGAACCAUCAAUGAGGUGUAGACCACUGGACUGCUCGGUGCACCUUUAAGCUUAUUUUCAAUUAAAAAAAACAAAACAAAAAAUGCCCCCACAGCAAUGUGUAUAUUUAAAGUGGAGAUUUGCAAAGGAGUGACCAUGUGGCCAGUCCAUUCCAAGCUUAAGCUAGUAAAGUUUUAUACUUUCUCCCCCUCUCAGGAAAAGUGUCGUUGGUCACAACUGGUCAGGACUCAGUAGUGUCUGCCAGGUAACAGAGGCCAGCCGCAUCGCUGACAUUUCAAGUUAUACUGGAUAAAAAGAGCUGCUGAAGUCACCGUUGUGAGCCGGGUAAGGGCGGUUGGGAGCGAAUGACACAGAAAGCCAAAAGAUGCAGUGGUAUCAUGUAAAUAGUUCAAAGGCCCAGUCAUAAGUUUUCCAGUUCCUGUUUACUUCUAGCACUCAGGAAGAACAACCGAUUGUCUUUUGACAGAAAUGCACUGUAGAUCCUCCCGUCAGGUCUGCUGGGGUAGAUCUCUGCCAGUCCCUGCCCCUCUCUUAUUCUUCCAGCAACACUUAUGCCAAAAGCUACGUCUUUCUUUCUUUCUUUCUUUCUUUUUUUUUUCUUUUUUUUUAGUUAAAGCCAGUUUAAAUGUAUAUUUGCUAUGCUCUCAUGUAGCUGAGACAUCACAUUGAGGGGUUUAAAAAAAAGUAGCCAAAUAAUUUUUCUGGGUGGGUUUUAGUAUUUAGUUAAAAUGUAUAUUCUGUGCCUGGUGCCAAAAUGUAAUUUCUUUUUCUGAAUGCCUUUUGUAGUUAUGGACCUACUGUACAUAUGUAUGAUAAACUAAAA